AUGACAACGGCACAAGUCUCACCAGGAAUCAAACUCCUGCGGUCGAUACCCUCCCCCAACUACCGAUCUUACUCAUCAACCACACAAAUAUUGCACCGAAAUACAAAAGGCUCUUCUCGAACAAAUACCAAUAGAGCAAGACAAUCACCGAACCGGGACCGAACAAACGCAGACCCCAAACCACUCCGCUUCUUCAUCCCACCAUCAAACGACCAUGUAUCACCAUCUGGAAGACUGAAUACUACACCGGAAGUCUGGUCCUUCCUACAAGAAACAGGCAUCGAGUACGACAACUCCAAGGCUACACGCCUGUAUCUGGGGCCUGAUGACCAAAAAGUGAAGCUACUCUUCAACUGCCUUAUUCAAUACUCGCCUCAAUAUAUACUACACCCUUUCCACCUGCAACACUUAAGGCCUGGAGGAGCCCCGAUGUUGCCCGUGAUUAUGAGCAAUUACCGACGCAAGUUGGAAGAGGAGCCUCUCUGGACAUACACGAUAUGCAGGGGAGGAAGCAGUAACGUGGUGCGAAACCUGAUGGUAAAAAGGUUGACAGGCGCCUUCUGGACAGCCAUGAAAGAUCUCGGAUAUUCAAUGAAUGGCCCACGAGGAACGCUUAUAGUGACGAUCCUCGAUCCCUUGAAAGUUGCCCAAGCCCCAGCUCAUAUUUUUGGCGAGGCUGUUGCGAAGCAACUGAAGCAAACCUGGCAAGAAUACAGCCUUGAAAAAGAGAGACUUCAGUAA